CAUCUGAAGAACAACCAGUGAUGACUGCUCAGCAACAAUCAGUGGUUGAAGCACUUGAAAAACAGCAGCCAUCAGUGGUCCCCCAACAAUGUCAAAGAGAGGGAGAAACAUCAGUAAAUGAACAAACCGGUGUUACUCUUCAACGAUAUGCUGAACAGUUAGCAGAGUCGACACCACAAAACAAAGAAGUAGCAUGUCAGGAACUAAAAAAUGGAAUAGCAGAAGCUGAGUCUAAUUCCCAGCCAGUACGCCGCAGAAGAGGACGGCCACCAAAGAAAGGAAAAUGUCCACAGCAGCCAGUGAAAGAAAUACUUGAGUCGCUAUCUUCUGAUAUUAGGACCGAGCAAGAUGUGGCAAAUUCCCCUUUAUUAAGUGAAGAAGAGGUUGAGGUCUCUUCUACAGUCGAUACAAUGAAUACAACUGCAUCUGAGUAUCCACAAGCAUUUCCAGUUAAGCCUACAAACACUUCAUCCAUUGUCACUUCAUCAGUCCAGGAGAGAGUGCACACUGCUUCAGGAGAUGUAGGUGAGAGUAAUGUUGGAUCUUUGUCUGUUUCAGUAGCAUCUUUUUCUAGAGGACGUUCCUCUGAAAUAGGAAAACCAUCUGUAUCUCAACAGCUUGCCAUGGAAACGGAAGCUCCAUCCAUUGAAGUGUCAUCUGCAACUGAAUCAUUAAACUCUACACCAGCGGAGUCACGACAAGCACCAUUAGUUCAGCUUAGAGCACGCCGUACCUCUGUAACUCUGCAGGAUGCAAUUCUACUAGUUGAAGCCAUGAAUCAGUCAACGGAGGAAAAUACACUCUCCUCUCCAAAGAGACUGGCAGCACCACCCCAAAGCCAGCAAGCUCCCAGUGUGUGUACCUUACAAACUGUGGAUGAGGUCCCAGCUGAGCCACAGACACCACCGCUUCUCAUUCAAACUUUUGAAGCUGCAGGCAGUCAACACAUAACAGAGACUGCAGCACAAUUGACAAAUACACUUAGUGCCAGUCCUCGGGUUACAAAUUCCACUCCAACCAAUGAAGCUCGAACCCACAUUAAGGCUGUCAUACCUCAACAACAUGUGGUCACUCUUCCUUUCAAUACUGUUUCACUGCCAAUGUCAUCAUCAACUGCUGCAACUCAAACAAAUGCGCAGUCACAGCAGCUCCUUCCCCAUCCUCUCAAAACAUCUGCAGCACCAAGUGAACAGAGUAAAGCCGCACCUCAUAAAAUAAUUAUUGUGCCAAGAUCAGUACCCUCAUUAAUACAUCAUAAAAUUACAUGCCUUUCUGCAACCAAGCUUCCUACUUUUGUGUCAACAGUUGUGGCUGCACAGAAUACUAGUUUACUUCCACCUUCUCCAGCUGCAAGCUUACCUCUUGGAAAACCUUCCUUUUCCCCUGUCCCUCAAGAAAAAAAAAAUGUUACCUCCAGAAAGUUGUUUCCUGUUGUCCUGUCACAAUCGACCAGCACCUCAACAGACCAGAAGUCAGGGAUUCUACCACAACCAAAAAUGACAAUUACAGUUCCGAGAUAUGUGCCAGCUGUGGCCUCAAGGACACAUCAGUCACAGACAGUUGUUCUUACAAGGGAGAAGGGAUCAGCAGGACCAGCGGCUUCUGUGACAGUAUCAUCGUCACAGUUAAUGUCUUCGUCGCAGGAGUUAACGGUGUCUGUGGAUGCACGAACCACUUCAAAUGGAGUGGUUAUGAUAUCGUCUCAAAAUAGGGUUAAUACAACUGACCACAUGGAAUCUCCUAAACAAACUUGUUCCAGUUUAAAAAUGUCCGUUCCAACUGGGCUAGUGCCAGCUUAUGUGUCUCCACUGGAACAGAAGCUCUCACCAAUGGUCAGAUUAACCAAGCUGCCAUUUUCAGUUUCAAUCAAAGAAUCAGUGCUGGUCUCAAGAGUGCUUCCAAAUAGUUGCUCUGAAACUCAGUCUCUUCUGAAUGAGAGUACCACACAAGAGAAACUAUCAUCUGUAGUCUUAUCAACACAGCCAUCAGAGAUGCCAAUGGUAUUCACAGACAUUUGUCCCAGUUUAAAGAAAACUUCUGUAUCUGUAAACACCUCUCAGAUAUCAGAAGAGCAAAAUGAUAUUCAAGAAAUGGCAUUGUCAUCCUCUGAAACGUGCACCAUUUUGGGAGAGUCAUAUGUCAGCAGGUAUGUGCACCCAUCUACACCACCCAAGGUGACAGCACCGGUCUUGGAGAAGUCAGCAGCAGCAGCCAUCGGCAUGACUGAACCUUCAGCUUCUAAUUUUGUGGAGGAAAUUAUCAGUAAUGCAGUUCAAGACUGUGCACUACCUAAUGACCCCCUCACAGAAGACAGUCAAUCAGCUGCCCUCGUACAGCUAACCUCUAUCACAUCCAAGGACACAUCUGAAUCUGAUAUACGGAUUACUAAAACCCAGUUCCUGGCACAGCUGGCAGUGUUACCUAUAGUUCAAGCCCCAGAAAAGGCCUCCACUAAUGACUGUACGGAUGCCAGAGCUUCUAGUGCAGAAACCUCCACCAGUGGCAAUACUCACUUACAGAAAAACUCCCUUGUGGCCCGACUCCGAAGUCACCUCAAAACUCACUUGCAAACUAGAGGAACUAAAACAAAUUCAGAACUUCGCACAGAAACAGAAGCCACCACUGUAAGCCCUAAGAAACUUAGAUUAGAGGAUGAUAGUCCAAAUGAUAAAAACACAACCAGUGAAUGUAUUCCCAAUAGCCUUAAAAGGCCAGGUGUGGUUGAAGAUGUUACAUCUCUCAAUAAGGCUACUAAUAACCCCAUUCCCAGUAGUCCAAGGAGAACUGGACCCUGUAAAGAUGCUUUUAGACCCAAGAGGAGUGUUAGCGAACCAACUAAGUCAAAGACUACUAGUGAAUCCACACCAAGGAGGUUUAGUUCAGGGAGAGAUGGUGUAGGCUCUAAAAAUACUAAACCCACUUCUGUUAGUCCUCGAGGGUCUAGUUCAUCAAAAGAUGAUGCAAGCCCCAAAAAUACUAAAAAUGGCACUAGCCCUAAAAAUGCAAAAUCCACUUCUGUGAGCCCUAAGAGGACUGGUUUGACUAGAGAAGGUGCUAGUCUUAAAAAGACUGAAUCCUCUGCUGUUAGUCCUGGGACAUCAAGUUUGAGUGAAAAUGGUACAAGCCCUAAAAUGUCUGAAUUGAUUUCUGUCAUCCAUAGAAAGUCUACUUUCACUCAAGACAGUUCUAGCACUAAACAGAUUAAAAGGGAAUCCAGUUCUUUCAGUCCUAGGAGGAGAACCACAGGUACUGCUAUAGCUACAACAAAGAGUGAAACCUGUUCGCCAAGUGUUAGGUGGCCUAAACUGGUUAAAGAUGGUGUCAGUUCUAGAAAGACAAGGGAAUCUACUCCUUCUAAAAAACCCAGAUUAAUUCAAGAUGGUACUGCUCCUAAAAGGAAUGCAAGAGUUUUGAAUGCUAAGAAGUUAGCUAAAGCGGCAAAAGCCAAAACCAUAGCUAAAAUGAAAAAUUCCAAUCAGUCCAAACUGCAGAAUCGAGCUAAAACAAGCCAGUUAGCAGAGAACAAGGCUAGCUGUGAGGCUGUAAGAAAAUAUACAACUAAAGCUGUGUGGAUUCCUCCCAGGAUUCCAGCCAGUAAAACACCAUCAGCAGGUGGAAAGAGGUCAUCACUGUUAUCAGUAAAGAAAGAGAAAAGAUCCCCAAAAUCCCAGAAUCUUACGGUAGUUUACCCCCCCAGUAUUUCUCUCCACCCCAUACCUGUCAAAGCACCACCUAUUAUAUCACCACUACAGCCCUUGUCAGUCAUUGGUGGGCGUCUGCUAAAAAAUCAGUGUGGGGAGUGCGGCCGUGUCCUCAGUAGCAGUGCUGCCCUUGAGAGCCAUGUAAGUCUUCAUACAGGACGUCGACCUUUUUCAUGCACACUCUGUGGGAAGAGCUUCCCAGACUCCAAGGGUCUUAAACGGCAUGGCCGGGUGCACCGCAAUGGUAGGAUCCAUACCUGCCAGCAGUGCGGCAAGGGCUUUGUGUAUCGUUUUGGCCUCACCAAACACCUACAGAUGGUGCACAGUAGGAUUAAACCUUUUGUCUGCCAGAUCUGCAACAAAGGAUUCUUCACAAAGCGAGAUGUGGAAGCCCACAUACGGAUCCACACAGGGGAGAAACCAUUCCACUGCAACCUCUGUGACAAAAAAUUCACAAGGAGAGUAGAACUGAAUGUGCAUUUGAGGUGGCAUAACGGGGAGAAGAGACACUGGUGCCCAUUCUGUGGAAAAGGAUUUUUAGAUUUAAAUAACCUGAAAAGGCAUAAGUAUAUCCACACAGGAGAGAAACCACAUUCCUGCCCACACUGCCCCAAGCACUUCACACAGUCAGGCCACCUGAAAAAGCAUGUAAAAAAUGUACAUAAAAUUGAAUGAGAGAGGAGCAUAAAUGCCACUGUGUUCCACUGAGAAUUGUAUAGAUUUUUAUAAUGAGAGAUAUUUAGUCUUGUAAUGUGAGAAUAUUUUCCUUUCUUUGACACAGUGGAUUUCUAAAACAAAUGCAAAUAUGGAGUUGCAGCCCCAUUUUUUUUUAUCUA